AUGAUGAUUAACAACCUCGGGGUUUUCGCUUCACAAUCCGCCGCACCCGGAUUACUCUACCGGCUAUAUGUAAUUGGGAGCAGAAUCGGGGCGGCACAUCAACGUCGUCCCGUUAUCGGUAACCGUCUCAAUCACCUCAGCACUGAAAUUCGCUCAGGCCUGUCUUCCGCGAUGGCUUGCGGACCGGGUACGAGGACCCCCGAGACAGACCCGGGGGGUCCAUUUAUGACGAAUCCCAUGGGCACGGGUGCAAACUCUGAAUCGUGUUCAAUCGCUGGGUUCCCUCUGAGAGCAAGAGCAUUGCUGUUAAAUAGUUUGUCGGAAAUUGUUCACAUCUUCAUUAAUCUAAGAGAAUUGGGGGAUGGGGUGGAAAAACGAGAUAUGCAAGUCCCAUCAGCCCGCUGCUUAUGCCCUCUCCUCGCUAAAAUUCGGUAUCAACAACUCCAAUCGCCUGACUUAACUGGUCCCGUAAUCCCCAGGUCUUCAGUGCCUAACCCCUCUGAAAAGAAUACCCCAUCCGUGUACCUAACUUGGGAAUCGGGUGUCGGGAUCUCUGGAAACGUCUCGGAUAUCUCUACAGAAUACAGUUGGCCAAAUCCACAAGCCAACUGGGAAGAGGAACACGACUCUGACGCGAUUUUCAUUGAAAGUUAUGCCAAUGACAAGGCUGUAGCUGUUAUUGGCGAGAGUAAUAUUGGUCAUGUAAACACGGGCCCCAAGUGUAAGGAUGUCUUGCUGGUUCUCUACAGUCUGACCAUCUUGAUUGGUGCUUUCAACUGGUUUGAUUUGGUGUUCCCAGUCUGGCUAGAUAGAGACCCAGCGCUAGAUUUGGCGCUUAUACUUGUGUUGCGAGAUUGGGCUCGGAACAUCGCAGGGAAAAUAAACGACGAUGGCACAUUCUUGAAUUUACUGAAUGACAUCCCUUGCUGCCACUCCGCCCACUUCUCUUCUGAACGAAGGCGACAAUGGCGUGCUUAUUAA